AAAAAUGCCUUCUGUUGAAAACAAAACUUUGGAUAGUGUUAGCGAACAAAUGGCGGGUAUGGCAUUAACGUCAACAGAGCGUAAUAACAAACAACAAGUUGAAGACAGGGAGAGAGAUGGAUCUAAUAACAGCGGGGGGGGGAGGGGUGAAAGGGAUUUUGGGGGUUGCCGUUUUCGAGUCGGCCGACGGUCGAGGCAUUUUUUCGGGCUUGUUUUUUUGAGUCGGGCCGGUACGAGUCUUUUUCGGGCCAAAUAUCUUAGGCCCAACUCGUUCUUUUGGUCCGAGUCGGGCCAUUUUGUCAACCUAGAAGGGGUAGUAGUGAAUGAUCAAGCAACAAACGACAAAACUGAAAAUAACGGUUAUGAUUCAAAAACAAUUGUUGAACAAAAUGAAAUUGUUGUUGAGGACAGUGAUGAGCCGAAUGAUGAUGGGACUGAACAAAAAAAAAUUUUCUGUGGCGGAAUUAGCUAUGACACAACUGGGGAUGAUUUGGCUUCGCAUUUCUCGCAGUUUGGUUCUAUUAAGGAAGCUCAAGUUAAAUACGAUCGGAUGGUAUAUUUUUUUGAUUAA